GGAGGGUCGGCAACUGGCGUAUGUGGAAUUUUUUGCAAUACUACAUUCAGUAUGUCACGCCGAUUUGCCCCUUUGAAAGAGAUGGAACACUGGAGAUUAAUAAUGGAGGAUUUAUUCAUUAAAAACUUUGUGUUAUAAUUGGCCAUAUGCAGCCACAUUGAGGAACGACCGUUCACAUUAGCAUUUUUAAUUAAACAGAAAGGUCUUGCCUCUAAUAUGGCAGGAGACACGGCUUUGAACGUUUUUCAGUUGCCUUUUGAAGUCCAGUGUAGGAAGAGGGUGAGUUUCUUUUUAUAAUAAUGAGAGGCUGUACCAGUAAUGACAUACCAGGCUACACAGGGAAAUAUUUUUUUAAAACUUUUGUGCAAUUUUCUUGCUAAAAAAACCCUGAUUGUAUUGAUUACUUUUCUUUUUAAACAAGAGAACAAUAGCUUAGUUAAUAUGGUGAUUGAAUCACUUUGUUUUUUUUGUAAAGCAUUGAUUAAUACAGCUAGGCUUACAAUUUUGUGAAAAAUAACAGAUUCUGUAGCUUCUGGGGAAGCGGAGCAAGGCUUGAGGGAGAUUUGCGGCAAUGGGGUGGCAGGAUGAGAAGGCGCUGGAGGGCCGGAGUGGGGACCCCGAGGAGGAGGAGGAAGAAGAAGACCUUGUGGAUCCUUUAACUACUGUCAGGGAGCAUUGUGAACAGAUUGAGAAAUGUGUGAAAGCUCGGGAACGUUUAGAGGAGUGUAAUGCUCGAGUGGCAUCCAAGUCCCAUACAGAGGAGAAGUGUACAGAGGAACUCUUUGACUUCCUGCAUGCUAGAGACCAUUGUGUGGCUCAUAAACUCUUCAGCAAAUUGAAAUAAAUGUUAAUAUAAUCCUGUGUCCUCCUCAUGCAUAGCUGAUGAAAACCUGAGUCUGUUCAGUUUGAGUAAACAUGCAGCUCUGCACAUGGGAUACGAAAGUGAAUGCAACUAACUCAAUGGUAAUUCUGGGAGAAUAUAAGAGUUGCCAUCAGGAUACAUCUGUUAUGUAGAAGAUUUGCGGCUGCUUAACAAAGUGUUUCUGUAGACUUCUGAUAUUAAAGAUAUUUCCUGUCAAAUGUGAAAA